ACACAGAAUAGGGAGAACGAGAGUCCCACGAAGGAGCAGCUUCUGUCACCGGGAUCCUCGGAUGCUCGGACGCCCAUGGUUUGCUUCUGCCCAGUCUGGAAUAGCUCUCUGUGCAGUCCAGUACCAAAGGGAGGAGUCUGCCUUUUGCCAUUCCGUCACCCAGCCCUCGCCCCAACGCUUAGGGGUGACCAUUCGACAAACCGGCCAAGUUGUUUUACCCUCCGUCCCCACCCUCUGACUGGUGGCUGGGUAAAGUGGAUCUGGCUGGUAUUCUCAGAGCCCCAGAGCCGGGGCGGAGCCCGGCGGCAGCUCCCACGAUCUCAAGGCCAGGCACCUGCCUCCUCCCCCGCCCCCACCUGAGGGCUCGGGAACAAAGGUGCUUUGUACAAGCCGCAACCACCUCAUUACUUCGUCUUCAAGGCUGGCGCUGCGCGGGCCCCCAGCCCAGGAUGGAGGUGUGGGGCGGAAAGGGACAGGAGCCAAACCCCAAGGUGGGCUUCGAGCUCACCACUGCAGGCUCAGUGGGGGAAGGGGAAGUGAGGAGGAGGAGUGCUCCAGGAGGCGGUCUGUCCCUUCCCCCCAGCGCUGUCUCUAGAGGUGAAAAAAAAAAACCCACAAACAAACCAGGGUGAUGCGCUAAGGUGGCUGGACAGACUUCGUGGGUCCUUGCCCAGGCCUCACUUUACUCUUUCUGGGCAAGGGGCCUGUGCUCCUAUUUAAAUCUUCCACACUUCUAAUAACACUGUCUACAGUGUACUAAUGCAGACCCUAAAGAUACAACCUCUUUAAAAACCGUCAUGGAUCGGGAAGACGUCCCUCCUGGCCCCUCGCAACCCUGUCCAGUCUCUGUAGGAGCCUGGCUAACCUGGCCCUGAUAACGGCUCACAGGGGGUUAACAAGAGUUGGCGCUGGAGUGGAAAGGCGGAGACACACUCCUAUUGGCGAAAAGUUAUCCAGGGGCGUGGUUGAUGAGUUUCCACACCCCACCCCCUUCCCCCGCACCCCCUCUUCUCUACUUUGUACCUUUCUGGCGGCCACGGCGAAGUGGGCCGGGCCGAACCAGACCAGACUGAACCGCGGGGGCGAUGCGGCUGCUGCCCCUGCUGCGGACUGUCCUCUGGGUCACGCUCCUCGGCUCCCCUCUGCAAGGGAGCUCUGGCCUCCGUCACGACUUCUACUGGAACUCCAGUAACCCCAGGCUGCUUCGAGGAGACGCCGUGGUGGAGCUGGGCCUCAACGACUACCUGGACAUCUUCUGCCCACACUAUGAGGGUCCAGGCCCCCCCGAGGGCCCUGAGACAUUUGCUUUAUACAUGGUGGACUGGUCGGGCUAUGAGGCCUGCCAGGCACAGGGGGUGGGUGCCUUCAAGCGCUGGGAGUGCUCCCUCCCCUUUGCUCCCUUUGGCCCAGUUAAAUUCUCAGAGAAGAUUCAGCGUUUCACGCCCUUCUCCCUUGGCUUCGAGUUUUUGCCUGGAGAGACCUACUACUACAUCUCGGUGCCAACUCCCGGGAGUCCUGGCCAGUGCUUGAGGCUCCAGGUGUCUGUCUGCUGCAAGGAGAGCAAGUCUGAGUCAGCCCAUCCUGUUGGGAGCCCUGGAGAGAGUGGAACUUCAGGGUGGCAAGGCGGGGGCACCCCCAGCCCCCUCUGUCUCUUGCUGCUGCUGCUGCUUCCAAUUCUUCGUCUUCUGCGAGUUCUCUGAGCCAAGUGGACCCUUCCUGCCACCCCAGGAAUCAGAGCCCUCCCAGGACACCCUGGAGAGGAGCCCCUGCCACCUGAGCUGGGAGUGCCAAGCUAGACGGACAAGAUGGAGGAGUGAUGAGGGGAGUCAGAGGGUCUGAGGUGACCCUUGCAGGUGCUGGCCCCCUCAUCCCAGGCCGAAGAGGAACUACAGGGGAGCUGCAGACAGCCCUGGGCAUCUAAAGACGAGGCAGGAUAAACAGACUCUCCAACAGCUGUUUUGAUGGCCUUAUCGCAUCUCCCAGGAAGACUGGCAUUUGUUGGGAUUGAAUCCUUGAGCCUGCUGGGGGCCAAGGCCAAAAACCUGGGACAGGUGGAUUGCAGGACCAGGUCAAGGAAGCAGCCCAGGCCUGCCAUCUGUGCCCAGGGCCCUGUGGGCCCCUUCCCUGGGGCAGCACCUUUCCCUCCCAGGGGGUCACUCACUUGUCUUCUGUGAAGACAGAGACUUGCCAUGAGGCUGAGUUUCAUAACAGUUUGUAUUUUUAUAAGUGUCUGGACCAAACCUUCAAUAAACCACCCAGCUUUUUGUUGCUGUCCUCGA